UAAACCUAUUGUUUAAUAAAAAUUUCUGUUCUGUAUUUUUUUGGUUUUUUCCACUACUUAUCUAUAAGGAAAUUACUGAAGAUUUAAGAGUUUGAAAAAACCUCAGUUUCUAAUUACUAAAAGUUCUCGAUUUAAAAUUUUACAGGGUUUAAAACCCGUCCUUUGUUUAAUAAACCAUAUAAACUGCAAAUAUGGGAUUUUACCAAUUUUAUUUAUGAUGAAAAUUAGUCCUAAAAUUACUUACUUAUUUCAUAUUCGAAAUAAUAUAAGUGGUCACCUAAUUUUAUAUUUCCUAUUAAGAUUAAUAUUAUAUUUUCGCCAUACAUAUUUCGUUUUGUGUGUAAUAAUUACCCUUUUUGAAUUUAUACUGUACUACAGAAUCUUAUUAAUAAUUGUAAAAUAGGAUAAUCUUCAAAAUGAUUGAAUUUAUAAAUAUCUUUAAUUAAAUCAGCUUUCGUAAAUCGGAAGUUUUAUAAAUAACUUUAAUUAAAUCAUCUUUCGUAAAUCGGAAGUUUUAUAAAUAAAUUUGUGUUUUAUUUUAUUU